UGAGAUAGGAUUAUUAAUGUGUUGUAAGCCUUAUGUACCCCCUCAACUCCUUUGCAUAGUAAUUUGUAAUGAGAAUUUAUUUAUGUUUUUGGUACUGGUAAUAUUUGUACUGGUUUUGAUGUCACCACAUUACCGUUUUGGGAGUUUGAAAAUAAAUUACUGCUCUACGGACUUGGGCUUCCCUGACUCAACGAAAUACAUUCCAACUCUCUAAAUUCCCUUUGGAAAUUAAUUCUUAUUCUUCUUUGUGUAUUUGUAGCUUGGUCGAAUUAACAUGAAUGCUAGACUGCAACCCUGCAGUCAGAGAGCUAAUUUUUGUUUUCUUUGUGCUACAUGAUCAUGCCUACCCCUGCCAUCAGCUGGAUUUACCGCCACCACCGCGCCGAGUGUCAGCACCUCGAGGAAAACGGGCUCUCGGUGCUGCAGACCUACACGAUGGUGGAGUUGCAUGUAGGGGAAGGUGGUGUUCCUUUGACCAGUUGUACCUUUAACCACUCAAUGUUUUUAUGUGUUAUACAGGAAAAUUUCAUGAUUUGGUACUCUUAGUCUGUACUUCCACCACCAGGAGUAUUGUAGCUCUGCUUUCCAUUUAGAAAGAAGCUCCUGUGUUUUUGUUUGAAUCCAUAAAAGUGACUGGAUAAGAUGCCUAGAAGCAAACUAGGCAUUAAAAGGAAGAAGAUAAACAAGGAUGACUUGGAAAUUGCAGUAAGCUUAGUUCGUAAGCAAAGAAUGACAAUAGGUGAAGCAGCAAAACAUUUUGAUCUAAAGAAACCAACUUUGAUUUUUCACUUGAAGAAAACUAAGGAAUGUGGGAAUGAACAAUAUAAAUAUUUACCUAAGAAACCUAAGCGAGUUUUCAGUGAUAAAGAAGAGCUUCUUCUUGUACAGUAUUUGCAUGAUGCCGCAAAUAUGCACUACGGGUUGACAUUGAAGCAGGUACGUGGUCUGGCCUAUGAGUACGCAGUUCAAAACCACAAGAAAGUUGACCCUUCGUGGGAAGUAAAUAAAUGUGCAGGAGAGCAAUGGCUACGAGACUUUCGAAAGAAGUAUGCAAACCAACUAUCACUGCGUAAGCCAGAAGCAACUAGUUUGUCCAGAGCAACUGCUUUUAAUAGGGACAAUGUGGAAAAAUUUUUCACUAACUAUAGAAGUGUCCUUGAUAGGUAUAAUUUUGAGCCCAAUGAAAUCUGGAACUGUGAUGAAACAGGGAUUUCAACUGUGCAUGUUCCACCAAAGAUUUUAGCACCAAAAGGAAAGAAGCAAAUCGGUGGUAUGACUUCCGGGGAGCGCGGAACGAUGAUUGCUGCAGUGAAUGCGGCAGGAAAUAGUAUCCCCCCAUUAUUCAUUUUCCCUCGUGUGAACUUUAAACUUUUCAUGCUGAAUGGAGCUCCAUGUGGAAGUGUUGGUGUAGGUAAUCCAUCGGGAUGGUCAAAUGAAACAAUAUUUGUUCAAUUCAUGCAACAUUUUGUGAAACAUGUUCGACCAAGUGUGGAAAUACCUGUGCUCUUGCUCAUGGACAAUCACGAAAGCCAUGUUAAUAUUCCAGCUAUUGACUUGGCAAAACAAUCUGGAAUUGUUCUGCUGACUUUUCACCCACAUACCAGUCAUAAGAUGCAGCCUCUCGACAGAGGUGUCUUUGGGCCUUUCAAGACUUACUACCACGAAGCCAUGAACAACUGGAUGAUAUCACCUGGAAAUGCUGGGAAACCAGUUACAAUAUAUGAGGUAGCAGCGAUGGCUGGAAUAGCAUUUCCUCGUUCAUUCACACCAUCAAAUAUUUUGAAAGGAUUUAAAGUAUCUGGUAUUGUCCCGUUCAAUGAGAAUAUAUUCACUGAUAUUGACUUCAUGGCAGCUAAUGUCACUGAUCGACCAAUGCCACAGGACACUGAGAGGCAACCCCCUGUUUCUACAGCUAGUCUUGCAUCACCUGAAGAGCCUCAUUCUGUUGUAGAUCUACGAAAUGUAGAUGGACCCGAUGAGAAUCUUCCCUGCACUUCUGGACAUGUAAUCCGGUCACCAGAAAUUAUACGACCACAUCCUAAGGCACAUCCAAGAAAAAUAUCAAAUAAUGUAAAAAGGCAAAAAGUAAAAUUCCGCAUAUUGACUGACACGCCAGAAAAAAAAUUACUGGAGGAGAAUAUUAGAAAAAGAAUGGCCAAAAAGUUGCCAAAACCAAAAAAUAAAAAAUCAUUUCAACGAGCACUUUCCUUCCAACAAGAGAUCUUGAAUUCCGAUACUGAAAAUGAAUUUGAAUUGCCAUCAUCAGACAGCGAGUAUGGAAUGUCUUCAGAAUUUAGGGAAUUCAAUGAAGAUGCUCAAUUUGAAAGAGACAGCAUUGAAGCAGGCAAUUUUGUUCUCGCAAAAGUGUGUGGAAAAAAGAUUGUUAAGCAUUUUGUUGCAGAGGUGGUAUCAGUUACAUCACAAGACAUCUUCGUAGUGAAAUAUUUGAAAAAAUUAACACCCAGAAGUGCAAAAUUUGUCAGGGGGGAUGAUAAUUUGUAUGAUUUAUACAAUAAUGACAUUGUUUUGAAGCUCCCGAAUCCAAUACAAGCAGGCACAUCAGCCCGGCAGCAAUGCCAUUUGUUAUUUGGUGUCAAUUUAUGUAAUUACAAUGUUUCAUAGAUAGUCAAGUUCUUAUGAUAAUAAUGGUUCAUAUCUUGAAUACCAUGCUACCAUGAAUUGUCUUUUUUAUUAAACAAAUUUGAGUGCUAGGCAGUUUUUUUUCAUUGUUGGUUAGCUGGUUAUCUUCAUUAAUGCUUUCUUCAUAUAAGCUAUU